AUGUUGUCCGAGAUGGCUGUUGGAAUAUAUGCGGAGCUAGGAAUGUCAGAGUACAACAGUUGUACUCCAUUCUUGCAGGGAAAGAACCACCACGAGGCGACAAAGGCUCUGAUUCCCAUCUUUGGCGGGGAAAGGGUGACAAGUACCAGACUGAUUUUCGCUCAAGAGACACAUGGGACCAUAUACGGUGACCAGCAAGUCAUGUUCCAUGGCAUCGGCUGGUCUUCCACCGAAGGCUCCCAACUGCGGAUAGACUUGCUCAAUGGGGCAUUCAAGCGUCAAACUGAGAAAUUUGGAGAAAGACCGCCUUUGGACAUCGGGAAAACUGUUGUAUGGCUUAAUCAUCCGACGAUUCUGACAUCACGGGCAGAAGUCCUGCUAAAGAAGCUUCUAUCUCACCUAGUGGUGUACGAACUUUGGAAUGAACGAAAUGGCCGAAUUCACCGGAAUCUCUCAAACUCGUCACACCAACUGCGACUCAAAAUCGACAAAUCCAUGCGGAACAUCCUCAUAUCCUUGCAGAAGCAGGAGACUAUUGACUCAAAUGAAUUCAUCCAACUUUGUAUUAUUGCUAUGGAGGCAUUGUCUAGGAAGUUGGAUAAAUCUGCAGCCAUCGGACAUCUACAACUACACACGAAGUGUGCAGACCCUAUGCUGACCCAUCUGAUCUUCGCCGAUGAUCUGGUAAUUUUCUGCAAAGCAACUCAACAAUCACUGCAAACUAUUCAGAGCUGCCUAACAUGGUUUGGAAGGAAUUCUGGCUUGGAGGUAAACCCAGGGAAGUGUGAGAUAUUCCUUGGAGGUUUAUCGGACCAAAGACAACAAGAGCUAGCAGCAUUCAUGGGCAUAGCACUUGGCAAGUUUCCGAUGAGGUACCUGGGUCUUCCAGUGAGUACUCAGAGAUUAUCAAAGGCUGAUUAUGAACCCUUGAUGGAGAGAGUUAGAAACAAAGUGAGCAGUUGGUCAAGCAAGGUACUAUCUUAUGCAGGGAAGAUCCAAUUGGUCGCAACAGUGAUAUAUGGCAUGGUAAACAGUUGGAGCCAAACCAGAUCUGGAAGAGCGAGAGUAGCAUGGAACGCAAUUUGUCUGCCAAAGCGGGAAGGUGGUUUAGGGUUAAAGAAACUGGAAGAUUCAAACAAAGUUUUUCGGUUGAAGAUGAUUUGGAGUCUCUUUAAAGAUGCUAGCUCACUUUGGGUGGCUUGGGUCAAGAAAAAUGUAUUAAAGAGAGGAUCCUUUUGGAACACAACACCUAUCCCUAGAAUGUCGUGGAAUUUCCGAAAGUUAUUGAAGUUGAAAGAGCUAGCCACACAAUAUAUCAGAUGUCGGAUCGGGAAUGGAAACACGGCGUCCUUUUGGCAUGAUAGUUGGACUACCUUCGGACCUCUGCUCGAAUAUAUUGGAAACAAUGGGCCUAGACUACUCAGAAUUCCCAUUACCGGCAAAGUAAGUGCAGCAAUAUCAGGGGGAAAUUGGUUCCUUCCUGGGGCUCGGUCCCAAAGGAUUCAAGAACUGCAUAUACACUUGCUAUCAAUCUCGGUACCUGAUCAGACCGCGGAAGAUGACAAGUAUGAAUGGAAAGUGGCAGAAAAUGUUGCGGAGAUCUGGCAGGGAAUAGCGAGAAAGAUUUGGAGCAACCCACCAGGUGACCUAGUCAUAUGUAACUCUUGGUUGAAUGGAGUUCUCCAAUCUGAUGGCAGGAACCGAAAGAUACUAAUGCAGUGCCUUAUUCAACACGUCAUCUACGAAUCCGAACUACCCUCCUGUCACUACAACAGGCUCGAGAAAACCGAAGCAACACUCUGCUUCAGGAUUGGUAUUCACUUACGACUACGCAAGAGAUAUUAG